AUGAUUCGCCUGGAAUAUCGCGUGGCUAUUGCGGCACUGAUCAUUGCCAUCGUUUGUGUUGAUCUCUGUUAUCCAUGGAUGAAUUUUAACAGUUAUACAUCGAGAAAACGUACCGAUUUAAAGAAGCGAUGUCCCAAUGUACGUGCCCAACGAAAUUUCGAUUUGGAACCCAUGAUGGGUAAUUGGUAUGUGGUGCAGUAUUAUGCCUCCACAGAGGAAUUGCCCGAAUAUGCCUGUAUGCGUAGCCAUUUCACCUUUACCAGUGAUGAUCAACAUAUCACCAUGAAUUUUAGUUACAUUUACGCCGAAGAUCCGCUGCGUGAAAAACUGGUCGGUAAUAUAACA